AGUCAAAAUACAACACUAAGAGGAAGAAUCAUGGAAGGCACUGUUGAUCUAACGGAAACAGAGACUUAUGUUUCAACUUAUCAGUUGAGUAGUACUUCCGCCAUGUUUGGUCCAAAUUCAACCGAACCGAGUGUCACUACCGACAUGUUUGGUCCAAAUUCAACAAACUGGGUUACGAAUGAAGAUUCUUCUGCGCCUGUUCAAAGAGAGUUUAGUGCAACUGUCCUUCCGAUUAUUUAUUCUAUUGUUUUUGUCGUUGGACUCAUCGGAAAUGGACUCGUUAUUUACAUAAUGCAUUUGAAGGUUCGAAGCAGAAAUAUAACCGAUAUCUACGUUUUGAAUCUCGCUAUAGCGGAUUUCAUAUUCGUUGCUAUGCUACCGUUCUGGUCUACUGACAUCGCUUUACAUAGAAGAUGGGUCUUCGGAAAUGCAAUGUGCAAGAUCGUGACAGGCAGCACUUAUUUCCACAUGUAUGCGAGUGUUUUCUUUCUGACUGCGAUGUCAGUCGACAGAUUUGUGGCAGUGGUGAUGUACCAGUCUUGCAGAAGAACAAAGGUGGCGGCGACAGUAGCUGUAGUGACCAUAUGGUUGUUAUCAACAGUCCUGGGACUUGUUCCUCUCUUCUUCAGAGGAGUAGUGGAUACAAACGAUAUCCCAGCAUGUACCUGGACAUUUAACGAAGAAAUCGAGUCUCAUUCUGCUUGGUUUAUGGUUUACGUUAUAACAAGGUCAAUUAUCGGGUUUGCAAUCCCCUUCAUAAUCAUAGUUUUCAGCUACUUUUCAAUAAUUUUCUUCCUGAAAACGCGGGAAACGAGAGGAAAACUGACGGGAAAAUGUCAGGAUCGGGCAACCCGAAUGGUUCUUGCAGUAGUUGGUGUAUUCUUAUUAUGCUGGCUUCCAAACCAAGUUUCCAAUUUUAUCUUCGUAGCCCAGACCUUGGAGAUUAUGGAUGAACCUGACGAGCCCAGUAUGACGCAUUACUACGUUCACAUGUUCAGUUCCUGUCUAGCGUGGAUACAUAGUUGCGUGAACCCGAUUUUAUAUGCUUUCAUGAGAGAAGACAUGCGAUUAAAGUUAACAGAAAUUGUCAAUUACAAUGUAAAGCGAUGUUGUGGCGGCACCACGUGGGAGAAUUCACGGAAGAAGCAAAAUAAACGAUCGGACAAAAACGAGGGUUGUACACUAGGGUCACAUGCCUCAAUAAAGUCAGACGAUUUGCUGCACGAAGGGAACCAACGAACAAAAGACUUCCCGUCAGUCACGGGGUCAUUCAGAUUGACAACAAUUCACAAACCAUCUAUUGACGAACAUGACCCGAUAACCCCUGAUGAAUCUCUAUUGAACCGUGAAGAAGAACCAUUCAAGCAUGACAACAAUAUUGACCUGACGAUGCGUGAUGACUUUGCGUACGACUUAAAUGAAAAGGAGAAUCUUCUGAGCGAUGUAAUGAACUCCCUGGAGCAUGAAGACAAUUUAAAUUUACGUAAUGAUGACGAAAUACGUGGGCGUGUCUCCAUGGUUGAAUGCACAAAUAGUGACGUCAAAACUACACUGGCGAAUGGGCACUCAGAUUCAAUCUUAUAAUUUUUUUGGAAUUUCACACCAAUAUGGAAAUACUUUACCUCAAAUGACUAUGAGUGUCUGUUUGUCUGGAUAAAAGUCAUGACCGAGCGAACAAAAUGCGAAAAUUCUUACCAGACAAUAUUGACUAAACGUGGUUCAAGUCACUGAUCUGUAUCUACUUAUAUCCACCUAGUACCACUAAGUCAAUGUACCUAUCAGUACCAACGGUGAUUUAUUUACCUCGAGCUUCGAGUUGGGAACUCGAGCAAGUGCUCGUUGCCAGCACAAAAUUUGGCGGGGGGGGGGGGGAUUUUUUUUUUGCAAUAUGACAUAAUACGACUCGUGUCUUUUGCUCUGAACAAGGUCAGAUAAAGGCAGUCUUUGAUAUAUAACGAUAUUUUGAAUUAUCCACAGAUUUAUUUCGAUGUCAGCGUAUGGACUCGAAAGUUUGUUUGACUUUAUCGGCACUUGGCCGCAAAGUGAAUAUUUUAUGAAAACAGAUCAACAUACAGCCAUAUAAGUAGUAUAAAUAUCAGUCUACAUCAGUGGUUUCUAACUUUUUUGUUGGAGCGGAACACCAAACAUUUUAGAGGCUCGAGGAACUACUGUGCAAUACUUCAGUUGUCUUUUUAUUUAUGUUUUAUCACAAAUCAUUCAUACUUCUAAGACUGUAGAACAGGGGUCGGCAACUUUUUGUCACUCGCGGGCCAAAAUUAAAGGUUGCAAGUCAUUGGCGGGGCGCUCUUUUUUUAGAAUGUUAAAAACGAACGGAUGAGCCACACAGAUCAAAAGUUAAAUUUUAAGCAACGCGGGGAGACUGACCAUUUGCAUAUUUUUUGCGCCAUCAAACCAUUUGCACUCAGCAAUAACUUUUCUGCGUUUUGCUGCAUUUGUCUAAUUAUAUUUAAGUUAAUUAAACGCGUAAUUGUGAAUUAUAUACUUGUUAGAUUAUAAUAUAAUUUAGUUUACACGUGGCUCAAAAUAAAUUCUGUUACGUAAAGAACAUAGUCGUCAAAACAGCUAGUUUGUUACUAUAAUUAGGUGAAGCGUCGCGGGCCGGAUUAUACUGCUCUGCGGGCCGGAUCAGGCCCGCGGGACGUAGGUUGCCCACCCCUGGAAUUGUAUAAACUAUAAAUAUAUAUAAAUGAAAAACGAAUACUGGAAACAUUAAUGAUCGUUGAAGUAAAUCCGCCAGGCCGUAACGCAGCUCUCCUUACAGUUUUUAGCCUUGAAACAAACUCACAAUGGCCGACUGGUCAUACUUUUUUGUUGUUGAGGGGGGGAGGAAGUGUUUGGGGGGUUGGGGGGAGGAGGAAGCUGGUAUAAAGACUUCAUAUAGUGGACCUAGGCUUCUUGAUAUCAUCAGUCCCAAGGUCGGGUGGGGUAAGAGAAUAGUUAACCAGAAAUCUGCCCAUAUGCACUUGCUACAACAACGGUACAUUAGCCAACUUAUGAUCUUAUCCGAAAAUGAUAUCGAGGGUUUUAACCGAAAAGGAAAGAUGAGUUAAUAUUAUUUUUGAUUUUUAAACUUCUGCAGCCCUUAACAGAAAUCCUUCGUAGUAAAUAUUGCAUCAAACUAUGAUUCGAAUACCUGCUUAAAAACACCUACAUUUUUGUAAUAUUUUCAAAUAAAAUUUUGACAUUUUCCCUUUGUCUUGAAACCGUUGAUAUGCUUUUUCAAUGCCGUUUUUCUUCUCUUUAUCUUUCUCUGAUUGUGAGAUUUAUUCACAUUGAAGUGUUUAGUUCGAAGAAAAAAAAAUAUCCAUUUCGUUGUUUAUCUUGUUUUAUUUGAUGAAUAAAAGUUCU